ACGUUUUUUGAAAUUCACCAUGGUGUCUCAAAACAAAGGGUUGGAGAUGGAUCAGGUGAUUCUCGUAUGUGGCAAAUGGAUUUUCGAGAAUAACAAAUGGUCGUUCAUCAUUGAUACAAAUAGAGGAUGUCGAGUUCUGGAAGCUAAUAGGGAAACCAGUUACUCUCAAUGCAUUCGAAUGGUAAUGGAGGAUUACGGAAUCGAGAAUAGAGGCUGUGAUGUUGUGUUGAGUUACAAGAUUUCGAAGAUGUUGUCUCAGAAUUUACCGGAUGAUACACCACCCGUUAUUAUUACUAAUUCAAGACAGUUUCACUCUUUUUUGGGGCAAUUGAAGAGCGAUACAAUUCGACUUUGUGUUGAAGUGAAGAAGAAAGUUACAAUUGAAGCUGUUGGCGAUGACGACGAUGACGAUGAAGAAACGAGAUUUGAUUACUGUGACGACUCUGACGGAACAGAUUCUGAUGAUGAGAAUUAUAGCUUGUAUGGGAUUCCACCAGUUGUAGAAGAAAAACAAAUACUGCCGUUGAAGAAAAAGAGUUCAGAGCGUUCUGCACGUGCCCGUCAAGCAACUCAUGAUAUUCUUGGAGUAUUAUACAAGGAUUUUGUUGGUGGAAUAUGGCCCCAAAGUAUUGCCAAUGCAUGUUGCUGAAUCAUUGAACAAACGUUUUCAGAUCAA